AUGCCUGCCUCGUUACCGAAUCCGUUCCCACCGAGAAUUUAUCUCGCUUCUAGUCAGCCUUGCGAUACAAGAGCUCAAGCUCGAGCCGGUUUAUCGUCCAUGGACAAGCUUCCUACGGAAAUGGUGCCUCUUUACGAUGAUCCAGUCUCGAUUAUCGAACACGCAGUGAAAGUGGCGAAGUCUCUGACAAAGGACUAG